AUGAUACGGAUUGAGUUGCAAGAUCCUCACCCCUUUUCCUGGAUGUGGACUCUGAAUAACCCUGCUAAAAAACAGGUUACCAAGAGGGAAAUGAUGGGAAAAUUGAAGAAUUGGAAACGGAGGUCUUAUAAGGAUGCAUUCCUAAACGGUGGUCAUUUUGUUCCAUCUGGUUAUGGAAGUUGUGACCCAAAUUAUUCACCUUCUCAAUUUUUUACUGCUGUACCUGCUUCAUUGGUGCCUGCAAUAACUCUAAACACAGGUCCCCUAACUUGUGUUGUAGACGCAAUUUGGAAUCAUGCAUCAGAGUAG